AUGCCCCAACCCAAACCCACCGCCACCGCCGCCGCCGUCCUCCUCCUUUUCCUGACCCUCGCCGCCCUCUCCCCAUGCCGUGCCCUCUCCACCGCCGCCGCCUCCGUCGACGCCGCCGGCCUCCGCGCGUUCAAGUCCGCCGUCCGGCCAUCCUCCAUCCCGCCCACCUCCUGCCUCGCCACAUGGGACUUCGCCGCCGCCGACCCCUGUGCCGCCCCCCGUGUCGCCCACUUCACGUGCGGCGUCACGUGCGCCGCCGGCCGCGUCGUCCAGCUCACCCUCGACUCGCAGGGCUAUGUCGGAACCCUAACCCCGCUCAUUUCCAAACUCACCGCCCUAAUUGACCUUGACAUCGGUGCCAAUGGCUUCUACGGCCCGAUCCCCGCCACCAUCUCGGCCCUCCCCAACCUCCGGAGCCUCAUACUCCGAGUCAAUUCCUUCUCCGGCUCCGUGCCGCCGUCGAUCGGCCGCCUCCGCUCGCUGGCCACCCUCGACUUUUCCCACAACUCGCUCUCCGGCAACCUGCCGGACAUGAGCGGGCUCUCGGGCCUGACCCGGCUCGACCUCAGCUACAACAAACUCACCGGACCGCUCCGCGGCCUCCCGCCGAACCUUAACGAGCUGGCCCUGAAGUCCAACUCGCUCUCCGGCCCGCUCGGACGGAACGAGUUCGCCGGGUUGACCCGGCUCGUGGUUGCCGAACUCAGCGAGAACUCGCUCGCCGGGGAAGUGGGGUCAUGGUUCUUCCUACUUCCCGCCCUGCAGCAAGCCGAUCUGGCCAGGAACAGGUUCACGGCGAUCAACGUCGCGAGGCCGCCGCCGGCGACGGCGAGCGAGCUCGUGGCCGUCGAUCUGAGCUACAACCGUAUCGACGGGCUCCUGCCGGAGAACUUCUCGGAGUACCCGGCGCUGCGGUCGCUGUCGCUCAGGUACAACCGGCUACGGGGGCCGAUUCCACGGCGGUAUGGCGGGAGAGGGUCGCCCCUGCGGCGGCUGUACCUCGACGGGAACUACCUGAACGGGUCGCCGCCGGAGGGGUUUUUCUCCGGCGGGGGACCGGUUUCCGGAAGCCUGGGGGACAACUGCCUGGAGAAGUGUCCAGCGAGGUCGGGGCUCUGCCUGAAAUCGCAGAAACCGGCGUCGAUUUGCCGGCAAGCCUACGGUGGGAAGCCAAUGUCUUGA